AAAGAAGAAAUAAAUUACAAAAAUGAGCAGCAUGGCGUGACGGUUUUAUCGACGAAGUUUUCGACAUAAUUAACAGACAUUUAGUUGAUGCAGAAUGGCGGAUUGAUUCGGGUGUCGUUCUGAGCCCUCCGUAAAAUGAGUCUCAACGGUUAUUGGACGGUGGUUAUUUUAUUUUCACUGAUUUGUGAGAUUUUGCCGAGAUCAGCUUGCGGAAUUGAGGUACAGAUUGAAAGGCCGAAAGAAUUGGUGCGCCAUCAACAAAAGCACAGGCCGCCGUUCAUCGAGAGAAAGCUUGUGCAGGACACGAGAUUCGAAAAGCUUCCAUUGACCAAUACAGGACAAAUUACUCUGGGUGAAUUUGAAAAGCAGAUAAGCGGGGAAUUCGUCGAGGAUUACGACGAGGCCGUUGAUACCACGAGCUUGGAAAGAUCGCCCGCCGCUGCGCAAAUAAGACACGGAAGGUCUCGCGGUCAUUUCGUCAGACAGAUAAUAAUCGACGAUCUCGACGACGAUUUUGUCCCUGCGAAAGGUAAACGGAAAAGCGGCUCGACGACGACGAUCAGAAACGGGACUUUUCUAGGCGAGGAGGAGGCCCUCCCUUUCCUCGAGACGAACAACACCGAGGAGGCGAAUAUCACCAACGAAUUUUACGACGAUAGGACGAACUUGACCAGGAACAUCCUUCGGGAAGAGGCCGUUCAAAAGCUCGGUAAAAUUCUCAACGAAAUGCACCCGCGAAUGCAGGACGUUGCCUCGGUCCGGGAGAAAGGACAAAUACGGAGGAAUCAAAGGGUUCAAACAAAGCUCGGUGCUGCGGGUGAAGUUUCCGGUUCCACGGGAAGCGGCGGCUCGCUUGAGAAGCUGAGGAAAGCCUUUCCCCAGGAUAAGAAGCAGGCCCGUUCAGACGGAGAGAGGGAGAGGGAGAGGGAGAGGGAGAGGGAGAGAGAGAACACUACCGAAGAAUUUGGCACCGUGGUGCACACGUCGUCGAAGGAGGAGAAACGGGUGAACGAAAAUUACGUGAGGUUGAAACUGGAGGAUUACGAGGCCUACGACGAGGUGCAGCAGAACGAGUCCCGGAACUCGUCGAAGUGGUCGGAAAAGAGUUUGGCCGAGUACGAAGAGGUGGUCACGAGACGCACCGAGAAGCAGAGUGUCCAGGUCGACAUCGUCACGCGUUUCUUGAGAAUCAUUGAGAACCAGCAUCUACUCGGUGAGAAUUGCACCGCCGGAACUGAUCUGAACCUCGGAGAAGGUGUCGUGGAUCGUUACGCUCAGGAGAGGUUUCGCCUCGAGGCCAAUCUCGCCGUUAACAGGGCCAAUAUGCUCACGAGAUUGUGGAAGUACGCGCCGGAAGUUAUGCUGUCGUCGGAGUACCUCCUUCACGCUAGUAUAUUAUCGAUGGUCGAAUUUGACGAGGAUAUUUUCGCUGCUGGAAAUUGUUACGACAAACUUCAAUACCGCGAUCAUUGGCUCUACUGUCCGUUUGCUCAUCGUCUCGAGGACCAGGACGCUGUCUUGGUCAAGGAUCUCGCCGUUGAGUACAAGUAUCUGAGUAACAGCAGCGAGUGGUUUUGGAUCGCUAGGAAAAACGCGGAGAGAGUUAUCGCCAGUAAUAAUCAGUUCAGCCACGGCUUUCAUACGUACACGCACAACGAGAGUGCUCACACGGUUCGCGUCGAGGAUGAAAUUCUGACCGUCAAGUACGAGGAUGGCCGGUGGUCGAAACCCUACUACGACUGCGGGGGUGGAAACAUCUGGAUGCUCACGUACACGGUGCCCUUCUUUGGAUAUGCCAACGACACGUACUUCUUCAAGGGUACCAGUGGAAUUGACAUCGACUUGCGGAGAGUUGAUAUUGAUCAGUGCCCUCUUCCCCCUGGAUCGACGCAGCUCAACAUCUUCGCCGCCAGUGAUAAGUGCAAAAAACGAACAACCGAGUGCGUCGCUAUACCCGGACUUGGUUUUCGCAGGGGAAGUUAUCGAUGCGUUUGCAAACGUGGCUUUUAUUAUCCCGAGACAAAGUCAACAACGCGAUACUACAACGGUACUGUAAUCGAGGAAGAAUACGAGAAAUUAAUGAUGGAUGGUGAGAGUCAGUACGCUGUGGACGGAGUAUUUGAGUGUCUGCCCUGCGCCGAGGGGUGCGAAUCCUGCGUUGAUGGUUCUCCCUGCGUGGUGUCACUCAACUGGCUGAUGAGAACGGCAAUUCUGAUUCUCGAGUGUUGCAUAAUCGCCUGUCUACCGGCGGUCGUUCUUUUUACAUGGAAAUAUGGAAACGUCAAGGUAGUCAGAGCGGCGAGUCCUGUUCUUCUCCGCGUCAUCGCCUUGGGUGCCUUUUUUAUUUAUUGCACGACUAUCGUGAUGUAUCCGAGGCCUAACGUCGUGACUUGUACGGUCAGGGUCUGGCUGCGCGAGAUUGGAUUUUCCCUGACUUACGGCGCUUUGAUGCUCAAGACCUGGAGAAUAUCGGUGAUAUUUCGAGUGCGAUCUGCGAAAGCGGUGAAAAUCACCGACAUGAAUCUGCUGAAGCGAUUGGGAGUUAUCGUUGCGAUUUUCAGCGUAUUUCUCAUGAUUCGCACCCUCGUCGCACCGCCUGUUGUCAUCGUAGGCCGAACGGCGGACGACCUCAAAGCCUACCUCUGCAGAACUGAUUGGUGGGACCACAGCUUCACAACUCUGGAGGUAAUGUUCCUGAUUUGGGGAAUCAGAUUGUGCAUCGUAGUGAGGAAGGCGCCCUCGGAGUUUAACGAAAGUCGUUUCAUCUCAAUGGCGAUUUACAACGAAUUUCUACUAUCCGUUUUCCUCAACGUUUCAAUGUUGUUUUUACAGUCACCGGCUAAUCCGGAUCUGCUCUACAUCAUAUUCUUCUGUCACACCCAACUGACCGUCACGCUCUUGUUGUGUCUCAUUUUUGGAAGCAAGGCGUACAUGGUAUUUCGGGGUGGCGACAAGGAGGAUUCUGCCGGCAAACUUCCUGGCGCUACGGGAAAGUUCCUGGGAAAAUCCUGCCGCACUCAAGGGACGAGUAACCAGACAAACUCCAUUACCUUGCAGCAAGGAAACUUCACCGAAGAGAUCGACGGAUUUUCGGAUGAAUUUCGUCGGAUCUACACGCAGCUCGAGUACCUAAAAAAGAAAAAUAUGCGUCUGGGUAACCGGCACGUGGUUGCAAAAAUCGCGGCGAUGCAGGACGCGGCGAACCGAGGCGAACCUCAAGUAUCAACGAUCCAGGCGGUUUCGUCGAGCCUGCGAUUGAAUAACUUGAGCAUUUCGGAGCCGGAAUUAGACCCGGAAUCGAAACAGCGAGCUAAGGAUAAGGAGGUGGCAAAGAAUUUGGAAAAACGAAGGGACGAAACGGUGAGAAAUGGUUCGAGGACUAAGGAAACGAACCUUGACGCAAAAAAUACCAACACUCCAGAGAUAACGGUGGACAAAGUGGACUCUAAGGAGAUACUGGACAGAAAACUCCUUGAGAGUGAUGAAAAGGGGACUACCAAGGAUACGGUUUCCAAGUCCUUGCAAACCACAGCUGUUCUCGUCGGCGGGCAGGAAGACAUCCUCGAGGUUGGCGUCGAGGUUAACAAAGUUAAGGACGAGGCGGUCAAGGAUAAGUGUAAAAAUAAAUCAGGACACGCCAGGACUCACGCGAUAGUUAUCAAUCUCGACGACAAGAGUAGAUUUUCGGAAGAAGUCACUGUUUAAAUAAUAUUGAGAAAAGGAAAAACGCAAAUGUAGCUCGUGCCCGUAUAUCUGCUGAUCGGUCGCUAUAAUUAUAAUUAUAAUAUUAGAUAUAAUAUCGCAGCUUUAUAAAACUUCGAAACGGCGCGUUACGCAAAUCAUUAUCGUUGUUAUCAUUGCUGUUACGAUAUUAUUCAUUUUUUACGCAUAAAAAGUAUAAAUAUAUAGGUAU